ACAAGAAAGGAAAGGAAAGAAUCUCUUUUUAUUUCCCAUCUUUUCAGUUAGAUCCCAGCGUAUGUGGAUUAGACUGACAAAUAAAUAACCAGACAAACAGGGCAGCUGUUAACAGAAAUCAGUGGAAGCAGUUACAAUGUCUGUUUAUGGCCAGAAUCACUUUACUUGGAAUGGUACUCUGAGAGAUCUGCAUGGCAGCUAUACAGGCUUCUGCACAGAGGCAAAUGUUUGUUCUGCGGUAUCUAAGGGAUACAUCUCUGGCCUCUUGUGGCUUUAUGAGGACUGGCAUAGCAAAGAUACCCAAGAUGUUGCCAUAGCAAUCCGUCAUGCACUCCUGUGCUGCCUCCUUAAGGCCACUGAUAGCACUGCAGGCAGGCAGGCUUUUCUAUCCCAGGGAGGUAUCAGACUCCUAUAUCAAACUGCACAGACAUGUUUAUUAAGCAAAAAUCUGGAGUGUUUGGUGGAGCCAUCCGUGCAGCUGAUGAGGAAGUGUCUUCCUAGAAUUCCUCUACCAGUCACAUCAGAUCAGUCCGCAUAUAGCUUUCUGCUGCCUGGUACACCUGCUUUCCCGGAUGUUAGUGAGACACCAGAUGAGAGCAGUGAUGAGAGUGAUGCUGAAGCUGAAGAUAACCAUGAGGCCAACAACAGAGACUAUGAUGAUGACUUGGAGACUGACCUGAACAAACUUCGUCUUCCUCCUGACCCUGACAGACCUAAAGAGCUGCUUACACAGUACAGCUGCUUUUGUCCUGAACUGUCACAUGAUUUCCAGGAGCUGGAUCUGAGUUCAGAGACAGGGGAUAGUUCAACAGCAUCAUCAUCAGAUGAUGAUGAGGUAGUGCUGCUUGACAAGGACAGGGCAAAGACUACUGCAGGUCGAGAUUCCUCCACCUCCUCUGAUGGUUCUUACUCAGAGAUGGAAAUAUCCAGAAGAGACAUGCCAGCUGCUGCCCAUUUAGAAGCGUGUGAUUUCCACAAUCACAGCAGCAUCCUGGGCACAAGCCCUGGGUUCAGGACCAUGGUUAGGGGGGCAAUGGGAGAAGCCUCCCCAUGUCAGAGAGAAGAUGAGCAAGAUAAUGAAGGAGAUGGAACAGAAGAAUUUUAUCAUCAUACCAUAAUAGACAGGUUACUGGAGCGGCACGGAGCUGGUAUUCCCCACCAUGAUCCCAAGCUGUAUUGUGCCCUAGCUUCCAAAACCAAAUCCAUUCCAGAGUUUAGCAUCCUGGCCUUUCCUGAUUUCUGGGGUCAUCUUCCACCACCAGGACAUCAACCCAUGGCCCCACGCAAACCCAACAUACAGAGACAGAAAGUGUUUGAAGAUAUUCAGCGUUUUCUGAAAACUGAUGACAUCAUUAACCAUGUUGUCUUUGACCUCGAAGAUAGCAAUCUUCAGUUUCAGUCUGAUUCUUUGAGGUUUUUUUCCAAGUUUGAAUCUGGGAAUCUGAGAAAGGCUGUUCAGGUCCGCAGAUAUGAAUAUGACCUCAUAUUGAAUCCAGAUGUUAACUCUUCCCAGCAUACCCAGUGGUUUUACUUUGAAGUUAGUAACAUGACAGCUGAUGUCCCAUACCGUUUUAAUGUCAUCAACUGUGAGAAGAGCAACAGCCAGUUCAACUAUGGAAUGCAGCCGGUCCUGUACUCAGUAAAAGAAGCCCUGGAAGGUAGACCACACUGGAUCCGAACUGGAACGGAAAUUUGUUAUUUCAGAAACAACUUUUGUCCAGCACAGGGCAGAAGGAGAACUACCUUUUACACCCUGACCUUUACCAUCACCUUCAAACACAGUGAGGAUGUCUGCUACCUGGCCUACCAUUAUCCCUACACAUACUCUGUUCUGAUGGCUCACUUGAAAAUACUGCAGAAAUCAGUGGAUCCGGCCAAGGUGUUUUUCAAGCAGCAGACUCUUUGUAGCACUUUGGCUGGAAACUCCUGUCCAAUAGUUACCAUCACUGCCUGUCCAGUCAGCAGAAGGUGGAAAGACCUGCACCAGUUGCGUAAUCGCCCCUAUAUUGUACUGACCAGCCGUGUGCAUCCUGGUGAGUCCAAUGCCAGCUGGGUGAUGAAGGGCACCUUGGAGUUUCUGUGCAGCAAUGACCUGCUGGCCCAGAGUCUCAGGGAGGCCUUCGUCUUUAAGGUCAUCCCCAUGCUCAACCCAGAUGGAGUCAUCAAUGGCACAAAUCGCUGUGACCUGAACAGCAAAGAUCUGAAUCGUCAGUGGAGUAAACCAGACCCUCUUCUGAGUCCAACCAUCUACCACACCAAAGGCUUUCUCUACUACCUCAACAUUAUAGGACGGACUCCAGUGGUUUUCUGUGACUACCAUGGGCACUCUAGAAAAAAGAAUGUGUUCCUGUACGGCUGCAGCAUUAAGGAGACUCUCUGGCAAUCUGGCUCUGCAGUUGACACUGUAGGAUUGAAAGAGGAUCCUGGAUAUAGGACCAUUCCAAAGACCUUGGAUCGUAUCGCACCGACCUUUUCUUUCAACAGCUGCAACUUUUUGGUAGAGAAGUCUCGCUCUGCUACAGCCAGAGUGGUUGUCUGGAGGGAAAUGGGAGUUCUGAGAAGUUAUACUAUGGAGAAUACUUACAAUGGCUGCAACCAGGGAAUAUACAAGGGGCUGCAGACAGGAACCCAGGAGCACCAGGAAAUGGGGUUGAAGUUCUGCCACAGUCUGUUGUCUGUAACCAAAGACACAAGGAUUCUAUACAGCAGGAAACUCAUCAACCAUAUUGACCUGGAUCACAACAUGCUGGACCACAAGUCUCACAACUGUUUUGAAGAUGAUGAGCCUCCGUGUGCUGAGGAGAUCGAGUACUCUGGUGGCUGUCCCACACUUAAAGGCAGUGAUUUGGAUUCAGACAUUGACAGCAGCAUGGCCCGUGUUGAUGAUGAUGAUGAGGAUGACAAAGAGCACAGUGCUCAAAAACAUCAGCAAGACAGCAUCAGUCAGUCUCAGCAGUCAAGCAUAAAGAACCAACUGUUUCCUCCACAAACCUGGCAGCCAUCCGUUGAUACACCUAGUGAGAGAAGAGACUUGCGUAAUGGUUUGAGCAUUGCAAAAUGAUAAAUCACAAGUUAAAAGUUUGUUUUUAAUAAUUGAAUUUCUUAAUGAUAGUAACGAGAGCAUCAGCUAAUAUGAGCUGUAGUCCUUUAAACACAGCAGACUGUUCUGGAUGUAAUUCAAAACCAGCUUAACUAGAAUGUAUUACUAAAGACUGAAAAUACCAGGCAUGUGAUCAAUGAUGAUCAAUACUUCAUAACAGACUUUAACAUAAACAUGUACAGGUCCUUCCCAAAAAAUUAGCAUAUUGUGAUAAAGUUCAUUAUUUUCUGCAAUGUACUGAUAAACAUCAGACUGUCAUAUAUUUUAGAUCCAUGACACACAACUGAAGUAGUUCAAGCCUUUCAUUGUUUUAAUAUUGAUGAUUU